UGCUGUUUGCCAUUGCAGGGCAUGAGGAAAGGCUGGGAGUCAAGAACAAAGAGCAAGCUGACACAGUGAAGGAAACAUCACAAACAUCUCCAAACCAGCUAAAAUGAAGUUCGUCAUUUUGUUUUUAUCGCUAAUCUUAUCCGUGACUAAUGCUGCCCCUAACUCGAGGAAAGCACCCACGGUUGCACCCAUCCUAAUCACCGUGCAGCCAACUGAGGCUAGAUCUCGCUUUGCUAUGUUAGAUGACGUACGACUGCUGGCUAACGGUCUGCUCCAGCUCGGUCAGAGUCUCCGUGAGUUUGUGCACAAGACCAAGGCUCAGAUCAAUGACAUCUUCCAGAAGCUUAACAUUUUCGACCGCUCCUUCUACCAGCUGUCGGUGGUCACCAGUGAGAUUAAAGAGGAAGAGGAGAAGCUGAAGAAGACGACCACAUUUUUGAAGGUCAACAAUGAGGAGAUCAGAAACUUGUCGAUGGAGAUCAACACUAAAAUCAACAACAUUUUGGAGGAGAGAAGCCAACUGCACAACAAGGUCGGAGGAUUGGAGGAGAAGCUGAAGGGGUUGUCUCAAAGCAUGAUUCCCUUGGAGCAACUUCAGGAGAUCUCUGGCCUUAAGGACAUCAUUGAAACACAAGAAAAGACCAUCACGGACCUACUUAAAUCUGUGAAAGAGCAACAUGAACAGCUCAGCUACCAGAAAGUGAAAAUUAAGAGUCUUGAGGAUAAGCUGAGUUAUGACACUUUUCAAGACACAGCUGAAAAAGCAUCAGAUUUGAGUCCAGAAACACCUGACCCCUUUGGGUACUUGACAAUGAAUUCCACUAAUGGAACUAUGGACGGAAAUGACUUCCUAACAGAUUGCAGUGAUGUAUUCAAAAGUGGCCAGAUGAAGAGUGGUAUUUACCCAAUCAAACCCAAUCAAUCGGAUCCUUUCAAUGUGUACUGCGAAAUAAAUUCUGAUGGAGCAGCAACGGUCAUUCAGAGAAGGGUGGAUGGUUCUGUUGAUUUUGAUCAGUCGUGGGAAAAAUAUGAACAUGGAUUUGGCCAACUGGAAAAAGAGUUCUGGCUUGGCUUGGCCAAAAUCCAUUCCAUUGCUCAGCAAGGAGAAUACAUUCUGCACAUUGAACUUGAAGACUGGAAAGAGGAAAAGAGAUUCAUAGAGUACACGUUCACCCUGGAUGGCCCUUCGAAUGGGUACACCCUUUAUUUGGCACCUCUGUCUGGAGAUCUGCCCAAUGCCAUGAGCAACCACACGGGCAUGAAGUUCUCAACCAAGGACAGAGACAAUGAUAAACACAGCGAAUCCAACUGUGCCCGCAACUACACAGGCGGUUGGUGGUUUAACGCAUGUGGAGACACCAACUUAAAUGGGAGAUAUGCCUGGAUGAGACCAAAGGCUCGCCCCCAGCGCAGGAAAGGAAUAUACUGGAAGCCUGCCAAAGGAAGCCCCUUCACCCUUAAAUCCACAAAGAUCACUAUCAGACCUUUAACCUAGUUUCAAUAAUUACUGACCCCAACUUUUACCGAGCCAUUCAAGAUCAAUUAGAGGGGUCGAAGUGGCAGUAAUCUCUGGCCAACUAAGCUUCCCUCCUUCGUUACAGACAGUCUAAAAUUGCUGAUUUCCACAACAGAUUGACGCAACUGAAACAGGGCAUUGACUCCGAGGUAGAAACCGGGUAUUGCAACAUGCAUGUGCUAGUUCAGUAUAUCCCUAGGUCAUUGGAUUACAACCUUGGUAAAGCCGUUUUACAAAAUAAUGGUAAAAAAUUACUUGGGUUCAAAUAACACAUCUGGAACAAAACUAAGGAUCUGAUGCAUGUUAAUAAGAACGGACUAAAUUUAAUAAGCUUGUUCACUAUAUGCAUAUUAUUGAACUACGUUGCAUUCAGUUAUAGUUCUCAAUAUAUUGUUUAACUUUUUUUAUUUAAAAUACUGUAAGAAAAUUCACAGAUUGUUCAAAAGCUUGUUCACUAUAUGCAUAUUAUUGAACUAUGUUGCAUUCAGUUAUAGUUCUCAAUAUAUUGUUUUUUUUUUUACUUAAAUAUUGUACGAAAAUGUACAGAUGUGGCACAUUCAUAAAAAAAUACUUCAGUUGGUAACACCUCAAAUAUAAAAAAAAUCAACAAUUUUUUUUUACAUAAAGUUUUAAGGCUUUACCUAUUGAAGUAUUUUUUUUAAUUAAUCCAACUUUUACUUUUACAGAGUAUAUGGUGAUUCAAGCUGUCCCCUUCCAAAUUCAUUGCAUGGUUCUGUUAAACAUUUCUGUUUGUGUUACAUGCAUGAAAAAUGUAUAUGCAAGUCGGUAAAUGUGGACAUAAAUAAUAUGUCUCAAAAUAUAAAUACAUAAGAUAUCAAAUUACAUAUAUAAAUGUUAAUAAUUAAAGUCGGUAUACAUUGCUACCAAGUAAUUGUAAUGUAAUAGUGGUAAAAGUUAUAUAUCCUGCUUCUUUUAUGUGUUGAGUCAUAUUGACUCCUUGUUAAGCUUUGUGCAUACUCAGCUGUAAUGUGUAUAUAUUUUUAGUUUACAGAAUGUUUCCUCAGUAGUGUGCUUUAUAUUUAUAGUAAAACUUUCAGACAUUAAUGCAAAAAUAAAAAUAAAUCUUUCUUAACGUCUCACA